AUGUCGGAGACACAAGAAUACCUACUGUCUCUUGGAAUCAUCCAACAUGUCCGAAUGACCGUGGUUAAGAUUUCUCUUGAACCAGAUUUCAUUACCGAGGUCGAGAACGCUUUCUCCAUAUGGGCAGUCUUAAUCACUAGGAGCUCCAUGACAAUGGGCAUUGAACUCGUUCUUGUUGAAGAUCGUGAAUCUACCCUACUGUUUGUAAUCAUGGACGAGGCGUAUACGUUCAGUUUGAAGGAAGACGACGCAACAAUAACUGCGGAUGACCUGAAUGACGGGAUGAAUCACAUGCCGAAUAUACAUUUACAAUCCUCCAUCACUUCUACAAGGCGUCGCAUCCCAGCCCAGUGCGUUUAUACAAGGACGACCCAUUCUAUUGACGAGCAAUUGGAGGAAACUGGAACUGGGCGCUUAUCGGAGUUUAUCCUUGCAUCUGCCAUGGAAACGAUCGCAAGUCAAGAUAUCGACGUUUUGAAGCAUCGGGGAAACGCUGGUGUUCAUGAACCGGAAUCUUUGCCUCCUUCAUUUUCCCUAAACCGUCUUGGUUCUGCAGCCUUAGCUACGAACAUUUUCAUCGACUUCGCCAUGGAUCAGAACCGCGGUAAACGUAUGAUGGAGAUGACAGUAUGCGAUCUGCCUAUUCUACCGGUUCGCCCGUUUAACGAACAGCAAUCAAGUCUUCAGGGCACAUUUUUCCACACGGAAAUCGGUCGCUGUGUGCACGCUGUGAACACCAUUAAGGAUGGGGAGAACGUGAAGGAGCGGCCAGUGUGUCUUAUCUCCAAGGAGAUUCGGCAGAGGUUUGGGGGGGGGGGGGUUCGAUCUGGCAAUGAUUCCUAUCGGGGCGUACCAGAUGAGGUGGUUCAUGUCGACUGUGAAGAAGGCGGUAGCUAUGAAUUGGGGAUGUUGACAUCCGAGGAGGUUAUGGAGCCGCCCAGGAAGUUGGUUGAAGAGUGCAAGAAGACUAGGAUUCUUGUCAGCGAUGUUGGGGAGACGAAAUACAUUUGAUUGUGUAUGGUGCUCUGUUUGGUAUUAGGCACCGAAGGAAAAUGAAAUGCGGCAGACGUAGAGUCGUACAUAGGAGUGGCUCCUGCAAAAGAAAAGUAUGUAGCCAAUAAUACCAAGAUUCGUACCUAGGGGAUUGAACCUCAGGCGCGUGGUGGUGGUAGCACUCGCCGUUGAACCACAUCGGUUCCCGUGAGGGGAGGGAGGUAGUGGUUAUAUUUCUUUUGAA